UGUUUUAAGAGGGGAUUCUUUGCGAUAUCUCCUCAUCUAUUGAUAUUGAUAUGAAUAAUGGAUUAAUUUCAGUGGACUAGAGAUAUGCGCUAGAAUGUGUUUUAACGUCCUGUGAAUUUUUGUUUCAUGUAUUGAUACUUCGAUGCUAUUUAAAUAAAAGUGAAAUCAAUGUUUAAUUUACUACAUUUUUGACGAUAUAUAUAUUUACUGUAAAGAGUUUACUUGAAAAUGUUUAACGUAUGAUGUAAUAAACAAAAAUACAUAUUUGCAAAGCAUAAGAUGACUUCAACGACUGUUUUUAGAAGAAUAGUGGUAGCUUUUACGUUUUUAAUUUUAAUUUUAGUAGUUUCUCUUACCGUAUUGUUUUAUUUGUACCAUCAUCAAGAUGAAAAUACUUCGAUAACAAAAACAAAUACAAGCCUGAAAAAUUACUCAGAAGUAAAAAAUAUUCACCACAAUGGGCGAUGCGCACCAUCAAAUUCAAACAGUCGUUUCAAAAACUCGAUCAAUAGUGAUAAUAUAAAGUUGGAAAUACCCGAAGUUGAAUUAAAAAAUAAUGAAGCUAGUAUUGAUAAUAGUAAUACAACUGAAUCAAUUGAAGUGAAAAUACUUCCAAUAUCAAUGAUUGACGAUGAAAAUUCGACGGAAGACGAUAUUACGGAAGUUUUGAAACCAAUUGAACCAGAAGUUAGUAGUGACGUGACUUUCAAGGAUAAUCAGGAAAAUAAUGAAGAAAUACAACCAUCAGCAUUAAAAAAUGAUACAGAGAGUGUUUCAACAACACUAACAACAACGACAACAACAUCAACAACAACGACGACGAAAACAUCAACAACUUCAGCGCCCAUUGAUGAUGACAAAAAUAUCACAGAUGAUGAAGACAACUCUGAAAAAGAAGCAACUAAAGACGAUGCCAAAUGUUUCGACGAAUUUGACUAUCUUAGCAUUCCAAUUAGCUGGUACCAUCUGGUAUAUCGUCCUUUCAAUCUUUUUCCACUGUCCAGAUACAUUAUAAAUACAACUUUUGCACUUUACACACGUAGUAACACAACAAAGGGACAAAUUUUAAAUAAGGGUAACUGUUACUUUGAAAACAAGUGGAAUUUUGAUUCAAAACAAAAAACCAAGUUUAUUAUCCACGGGUAUUUUGAGUCAUCAUCAACUAAUUGGGUUAAGGAUAUGAAAAAUGAAUUACUUGAAUAUGAUGAUUACAACGUAAUUACCGUCAAUGGGGCUAAAGGUAGUUCGAUGGCAAUAAUGUACACUCAAGCUGUCGCAAACACUAGGAUAGUUGGUCUAGAAAUUGCAUAUUUUAUAAAAUACCUACAUGCAAAACAUAAAUUGAAAUUGGACGACGUUCAUCUGAUAGGUCACAGUCUUGGUGCCCAUACUGCAGGAUACGCUGGAGAAAAAUUACAAGGUAAAAUCGGACGUUUAUCAGCACUAGAUCCUGCCAAGCCUGAUUUUGAAAAUAUGUCCAGUGAUGUGCGCUUAGAUCCGACAGAUGCUCAAUUUGUUGAUGUUAUCCAUACCAGCAGCAGAGGCUUUUUUCGAAUAGGAAUAAAUCAUCCUUGUGGACACUUGGAUUUCUAUCCGAAUAAUGGUGAUGAUCAGCCAGGAUGUGCAAGUAUAAUUUUAGCAAUGGUCUGCAACCAUUUACGCGCGGUAAAACUCUUUACUGAAAGCAUCAACUCUAAUUGCCAAUUUACAGCCUAUGAAUGCGAUAGCUAUGACAAUUUUAUUGAAGGUGAAUGUUUUUCUUAUAAAAAUAACAACAGUUUGAGUUAUGCCAUUAUGGGCUACCAUGCCGACAAAAGUCUUGCUUUGAAACAAAGAUCAGUUGUAGGCAAAUCGAUAACUGAUUCAUUAAUUGGUAGCAAAUUUUUUAUUUCUACUGGCGAUCGAAAUCCUUUUUGUCAAACUCAGUAUAUAAUAGCGAUUCAAUUAACAAAACCAAGCCAAGCUAAAAAAUAUACUCAUGGUCUGAUCAAUGUCACAUUGCAUGGAGAUGAUGGAAUCAUACACAAUAUGCAACUUACUCUAAACGAUAAUCGACUGAGCUUGCGUUACGGAGAAACAGCUAAAGUAGUAGCAGUUCCGCCGGCAAGUUUUAAAGGUGACAUAGGAAGAAUACGAAAAGUUGAACUUACAUGGACUUGUAGUAAAAUGUUUUUCCUAUUUUGUUGCUUUUCGUGUUAUGAUCCAUUGUAUGUAGAAAAAAUAAUUGUUGAAAAGCCAGACUUACUGGGCCGAGGGAUAAACAAGGCUAAUUUCUUGAGUACACUCGACCCAGUUCAAGGAUCCCAAAAUUAUACUGAAAUAAUAAGCGGUUCUAGUGAAACUUUUGUUGAUGAUUACGAAAAAUACAAGGAUAAACAAAUAACAUUGUAAACUGAAGGUGCGAGUUACCUUCAAGUCUUAUAAUUGUGAUUCUUAAUAACCUAUUACUCAAUGCAUGUCAUUUAUUAGUUAAAUAUCUGUAAAUAAGUUUUUGUACGUUUGUUAGUUUU